AUGCACUGGAUUGGGAAAUCGUGGAUUUCUCCAACCAAACCAACAUUCGAGGCAACUGCGAUUCCCGUUUCUCUCCGUGGCAGGACAGCUCGAACGAGGGUAUCAUUCGAGUAUCUAUUGUCUCUGACUGAACCCCUCAUAGCGAACAUUCUUGAUGCAUAUCUCAUCGUUUGUGAUAAAUUGCUUGGAAGACUCCUUCUUGGACUUUCACCUAACCUACCAAGCCAUCACAUCGAAGCCAGCUUGACUAGCGAUAUGGAAUUCGCAUCCCGAACUUCCAUUUAUGGGUGGUUAUCAAAGACAGAGGACUGCUAUGACCAGUCCAGCCUCGUCAGAAGGCCACUUUCCGGCCUCCAAAGCGCAGUCCAUCCAAAGGCGCGAGGUCUUCCCAUUACAGAGAAGAAAACGGCAGACACAAAGCUUCUCCAAACUCUCUUCACACUGGAAGAGGGAGAAUUGCGUAGGUAUGAGCGCAGACCACGGCACAAAACCAAAGAAGACCAUUACGAGUACAACGGAAGCUCCCGAACGAAAGAGAAACAUCGCACCAAGUCCGAGAAAAGAUCUGGCAAGAAAAAGAGAAAACACACUAUAAACGACAAUUUCCACGCUUCGAACGUACCCCGGAACCGCGUGACUGUCCUUAUUCUAGUCCCUCCUCCCGCGUUCUCAGAAACAGAGUUCCUGGAAAAAGCGCCACUACCUGACAAAGAAAAUCAUCGGAUAGGUCGCGAUAAAGAAAGGAAAGGUGGCUCGCGAACUGGGAUUCCUAGAAAAUUGAUGGAUAGAUUCUCUUUCGACAGCCCGCGCGCAAACAACGUCGGUCAAUUUGAUUUCAUGGAGGGGGAAAGAUCCCAGCCAAGUGACAUGACACUUUUGAAAACAACAAACCAGCAUACAGGACUUGUUUCAUCCCAUAAUCCGAGAAGUAUACGAAGCCGUGGUGACUCCGUCUUCAUGUCCAACGGGGGGCUCGCUAUCGCAGGCCGUACCUUGGAUAGCGAUGAAGUACCCAGGGGGCGAUCUCGCGUUCCUAAGCCCUGCAACGCAUUCUACUUUGACCAGACUCAGCUCGCGCUAGAACGGCUGUUUGAUCUUUAUUGCAAGCACCUUCUACUGUUUGACUUGGCCUCUGGAGACGACGGAGAAACCGCGAAUAUAUCGCACAGGACGAAAAGGUAUUGGAAUUUGGACGAAUUGAAGUCUCUGCUCAAGAAACGCCAAAGACUAUGGGGCCCAAGUGAAACCGGGACCACAUUUGCGGAGGGUCUUCACCUGCGCCCGUCAACAAAAAGACGUAAUUUAACCCCUAAUGACUCGAACACGAACACGGCACGACCAUUCAAGAGACGGAGAAUCACUUCGGAAAGUAGAACUGAACAUGGAUCUGGCCUUGUUGAUUACCCUUCUCGGCCCUCGAAGCAAUUUUUUGGACGUGAAAACUGGCUGAAUGAACGGCGAGAGGGAAGCAGCCAUAUGGUGAUGGGAACGAACGAUGGGACAUUCGAUUAUGCUCUUGGUCUGCCAAACAUAGUUGCCCGUACCCCAGCCUCCGCAGGGGUAUCGGAGGGUGGGGGAGCACCGUAUCCUCCCUCGUGGAUCCAGGUCCAUGGAAGCCGAACACCUGCAAGGUCUACAUCGGACCAUGGCCUGGAUAGGGCUGGUGACACGGCAGCUCACACCCACAACGAUGUUGGCAUCGAAUAUAACAUCGGCAGAACAUUGUACACUGCGGACCUCGAUGCGGAAUAUGAAGGGAUUGUCCACUCUGAGGGAGUGCCCCCAGGAGAUAUUCUGGGGAGUGGAUCAGUAGACUACACGAAUGACACUAUCGGUGCAACGAGAAAUGGCAGCAUCUAUCCGGCCGCGCAGGAUCUCUAUGACGACUGCGGACUGACUGUUAGACCGCUCUCCCGUGUCCCUUUCGACACGGCAGGGACCGCAUUGGAGAAAGCAUACUUUCCAGCUGAAGUUCAGAACACAAACGAAGGCUCAGAAUUUGCGCAAUCGGUAUUCUUGUUGAACUUCAAUGGGUUCCUUGGACCCGAGGACCUGGAUACCGUCUCCGAGCACGAAAGUUUCCCCUGUUGGGCGGAAGAGAUGUCGACAAAGGAGAUAUACGAGACCUAUCAGCCAGCACAGGAUGAACCACUCCGUUGGGACGGAAAAAGCAAGAAGUCCUAUGCGGCUAGAUGA